AUGUCCAAGCCACCGGCCCAAACCAUCACGCGCAUUAACCACCUUCUCAAACACUGGCCCGUUGACCAUGUCCGCCCUUCAGCCGUCUCUGUUCAGACAUACCUCCAGUCCCACCUCCCUCAGACCUCAGAGAACCCUUCUAAGCAGCCGCAACAACCGUCCUCACAAUCGCCACCUCCGCCUCUUUCAGAAGCCUCUUUGAAUGCACUGUCGUCGCUGUUGGAAGAUCGCUAUUCCCGACGGUACCCAUUGUCUCCUAAGCUGCGGCGACCGACUGGUAACCCAGACUACUAUGACAAUGUAAUUAAAGAGUUCUCAGAGGCUCCGACAAGGGACUUCUGGGGGAGAGUAAGUGCGAGGUUGAAGGGUCUUUUCAGGUUUAGCUAG